AUGAAAGUGUACGCGCACCUACUGACGGUGAUGGUGGGGGUGACAGCUGGCCAGAGCCUCACCUGGCUCUUCUCGCCCAAGAACAAGGACUCCGCCCGCCACAACACCCGUGACCUCAUCAGCGCCUCCCCGGACGCCCUCCCGUAUGACCCGUACAAGGACCUGCGUUUGUGCACGAACGAGCGUGUGUGUGGCCGGCGGGAGUUCUGCGACGUGCACUACGGCGUGUGUCGCCAGCGGCUCGCAGUUGGCCAGGCGUGUCGCCGCGACGACAUGUGUCAGCGCGGGCUUGACUGCAUGUUCGGGGAGUGUGCGGAGCGCGUGGAACGUGGUAAAGAGGGCAGCAGGUGCCGCAAGGACCGCGAAUGUGACCUGGGCAUGUGCUGCGCCCGACGCAAGGGUCAGCAAGUAUGUCAGCGUCUUCAGCCUCAGGGUCACAAGUGCUUCGUGCCGGAGGGCGGCCCUGACUAUGCCAUCAACGAGCGUUGCCCCUGCGAGAGUGGUCUCAUCUGCAAGUAUACGAGCCCUGAUCCACCCCCAUCCGACCCUUCAGUAAUGUUUUGGGCAGCCUAUGAGAAUAUGCUGUGCGUCCCUCCCUCACACACCCCGAGGCGCCUGUGACCAGCCCUCACACACCCCGGCAACGCCCGUGACCAUCCCUCACGCACCUCGCACAUUCCGUGACCCUCGACCCCUCAAGGACACACCUAGCAGGUCACUGCAAGCAGAGCAUCACAACAUUAGAUUAAAUCGUGUCUAAGAGCUAUGAGUGUGGUGGUGCGCUGCAAGCAACACGGGAUCAGCGCCCUGACA